AUGUGUGUGUGUGUCUCCGCGCAUGCGUGUUUUGUCAUUGUCCGCAAAAAUGGCUGCGCUCUUGGGUGUCCGCGCGUGCCUCUCCGCUCUGCAGUUGACCUCCCCGAGUUUACUGCACAGCUCUUAUAAACUGUGUGCAGUUCCUCUAAGUCGAAGGCAUUUCGCAGCAGAGGCAAAGAAGGUUUUCUCUCGUAGUAAACCCCAUUUGAACAUCGGGACCAUUGGUCAUGUAGAUCAUGGCAAAACCACGCUUACCGCCGCCAUCACCAAAGUCCUUGCCGAGGCCGGCGGUGCACGUUAUAAGACAUAUGAGGAUAUUGAUAAUGCUCCUGAAGAGAAGGCUCGAGGAAUCACCAUUAACGCCUCGCAUGUGGAGUACACCACCGCUAAUAGACACUACGCUCACACCGACUGCCCCGGACAUGCUGACUACGUCAAGAACAUGAUCACAGGCACAUCUCAGAUGGACGGCUGCAUCCUAGUGGUGGCGGCGACCGACGGUCAGAUGCCACAGACGCGUGAGCACCUCCUGCUGGCGCGGCAGAUCGGCGUGGAGCAUGUGGUGGUGUUCGUUAACAAAGCCGAUGCCGUGGAGGACAAGGAGAUGCUGGACCUGGUGGAGCUGGAGAUCAGAGAGCUGCUCACAGAGUAUGGCUACAACGGCGAAAACACACCAGUUAUUAUUGGAUCGGCACUCUGUGCUCUAGAGAACAGACAGCCGGAGCUGGGUGUUAAAUCCAUUAUGAAGCUUUUGGAUGUGGCGGAUAAUUAUAUUCCUUUGCCAAAGAGAGAUCUAGAUAAACCAUUCCUGCUGCCCAUAGAGGGAGUCUAUUCUAUUCCAGGUCGUGGUACUGUGGUCACUGGCACACUAGAGCGAGGAAUGAUCAAGAAAGGAGAUGAAUGUGAAUUUCUCGGACACAAUCGCUGCUUUAAGUCCAUCAUCACUGGUAUCGAGAUGUUCCACCAGUCUCUAGAACGGGCGGAGGCGGGCGAUAAUAUGGGCGCUCUGGUGCGUGGUCUGAAGAGGGAGGAUGUCAGGAGAGGCAUGGUGAUGUGCAAACCUGGAUCCAUCCAGCCACACCAGAAGAUCAAAGCUCAGGUCUACAUCCUGAGCAAAGAGGAGGGCGGCAGGCACAAACCAUUCUGCACAAACUUCAUGCCGAUCAUGUUCUCUCACACCUGGGACAUGGUUUGUAUAGUAGAGCUGCUCCCUGGGAAGGAGAUGGUGAUGCCGGGAGAGGACGUGUCUCUGAUCCUGGCCCUCAGGCAGCCCAUGGCUCUUGACAGAGGCCAAAGGUUCACUCUCAGAGACGGCAACCAAACCAUCGGCACGGGCCUGGUCACAGAAAUCUUCCCCAUGACCGAGGACGACAAAUACAACUGGGGCUGAGAGAGACGAUGGGAAAAGAGGAAACUCUUUGAGACUCUGGCAUCUGAAGCCUUUUGGACUUAAGUUCUAGAAAUGUUACUCUAGAAUUGAAUUGCGGCCCUGUUUAUAUUGCAAAAUUAAAUCUGUUUGCUAAGGAGGAUGUCUUUGUCCUGAUUGCUAAUGUCUUCACGAACCCUUAAAAAAAUCUGCCCACCGGUUUUCUACAUGAAGAAGCAAGUAAAGUAUAACUCGAAUUGGAAAUUUGGAAUCCUUUUUGUCUAUUUCAGCACAUCAAAAUUUUUGAAACAGGCUUUCAUUUUCCUCUGAGAUGUCAAUUAUUCACAAGGAGAAAAACAGUACAUUUGGGAAAGUUUCCAAAUUUAAACUGUACUUGGCUUGUCAUUCCUUGCCGUUCAUCUGCAGACACACACUGGGUUCUUUUGCUGUCUGUUUUCCGGUCAUCUGUAUAAAAAAAUGUGGCUAAUGUAAUAAAAUGAAUUCAAUAGAUGUGUAGACUCAGCUUUGUGUCUGUUUUGCGUUUAACCACUUUUCAACAACAUAAAAAAACGUAAUAAGCAGAAAAGUGUACAGUGAUUAUUUAAGUUGCAAUAGACUACUAUAUACAUAUUUUUAAACUGGUGUCAAACAUAUGUCGUGACAUUGAGAAGGCAAUUUUU